GUGUGUGUGUGAGAGAGAGAGAUAAGAAAAUUAAAUGUGGCACAAGCUUUCAUUGUUCAUGUUGCAUGCCUAUAUGCCGGCGCGUGCGUGUUAAUGCGUUUCCGUGCGCGCGAGAUACACUGAUGAGGGCGCAUGUAGUCCCUUAAAUCACUCAGACAAUGAUGAUGCUAAUAAUGGCACGCGCAGUAAUUAUCUUCAUGUACAGCCCCACCAGCCGCAACCAGGAGUCUCCGGGGAGGGAGGGGAUGAGGGGCUGACGGGGGAGGAGGGAAGAGAAAGUGAGGAAAGUUCUCGGUGGGCGAGUGAGGAAAGACCUUCCGAGAUUACGGGAUUUUUUACCUGCUGGUCUUCCUUCUUCAUCCGUCCAUCCAGAAGAAAAACACUAAAGACGGGAGUAGAUGGGCUGCUAAAUUUAAUUUAUCAUCAAUUAAACCAGCUUUUCUGCAUGUGCGCUCUUAAUUGGCAGCUGGUGGAGUGCGCGUUAAAACGCACGUGCACGAGGCAGCAGUUUCUAAGUUCCUGUGCUCUCGCGUGCAGAGCCGACGUUCCUCUGACUGCAGGUGUCCCACGGAGUGCAGGGGAGCCACGAGGGAAUUAUUGGCCGCCAUAUCGAUAGCUUCAGAUACCAUAUGAUGGAUCGAUGGAGCCCUGUGCGCGAGACAUGGCUGCUAUUGCUGCUAAUCACUGUGUUUUACACCUCUUGGGCAGCCGAUCAUAUUGAUGUCCUGAAGGUCCUGGAGCUGUCAGAGGACAUGGAGGGUGUAUCAUUGGAGGCUGGACUGUGCACCAGCAGGGAGGGACAAGAGGAGACAGACCUCUCCUUUAAGAUCGACAAGAAGAUUCAACUGAGCGCGCCCACCAAGCAACUCUUCCCUAAUUCGCCAUUCCCUAUGAAUUUCUCUGUGAUGACAACAGUUAGAGCUGUGAAAGCCUCACAGGUCUUUCUCCUUUCACUGUAUGACUCGCAGGGCACACAGCAACUUGGUGUGGAAGUUGGCCGCUCUCCUGUCUUCCUUUACGAGGACCACGAGGGUCAGCCACCUCCAGAACUUUACCCUACUUUUAGAAAGAUCAACCUGGCUGAUGGAAAGUGGCACAGAGUAGCCUACAGUGUGGAGGGCCAGGCAGUGACUCUCUACCUGGACUGUGUCAAACUGGACACCCUGGACCUGCUCCGAGGUCAUGAACCCCACGUUAGCACUGAGGGGGUAACUGUGUUUGGAACACGACUGCUUGAUGAAGACGUGUUUGAGGGAGACAUCCAGCAGCUGCUGAUUGUCGAUGACCCCAGAGCAGCAAAGACAUACUGUCAGGAUUACAUCCCAGACUGUGAUGCACCUUUGCCCUACAACAGCAUAUUAACAGAGGCUGAGGAGGUGGAGAGAACACCUAAGAAACAUGUGGUUGAGGAAUUUGAGGAGUUUGACUACAGUGACCUCUAUGACGACAUCUCUGUUUCCACAGUCAACGUACAGCCCAAUGUCACUGAGUAUGAGAUCAUAGAGUAUGAAGACUAUGACAACACAACAGAUUACUUCCAUGUGAAUGAGUAUGAAUAUGAGGAAGAAUUUGAUGAGCGACCCGCUGAGAGAGAACGGGCAUACUCCUUUAACACACAGGAUAUACCGGAAAAAGGACAGAAAGGAGAACCAAGCUUUUUGGGAGUGGGAACGCAGAUUACAGGACCAUACGGGCCUCCAGGACCUGAGGGAGAGCCAGGGUCUCCUGGAGUCAGAGGACUAGUAGGACCACGAGGAGACCCCGGGGAGCUGGGCCCCCCAGGGCGGCCAGGCCUUAACGGAGCUGAUGGGAUACCAGGUCCCCCUGGAAACAUCAUGCUCAUACCGUUCCAGUCGGGUAGUAAUCAGAAGACAGGUACUGGGGUUUCUGCACAGGAGGCGCAGGCUCAGGCCAUCCUGCAGCAGACCAAGCUGGCUAUGAAGGGACCUCCAGGGCCACUCGGUCUCAGGGGAAGACCUGGAACACUGGGUGCACCAGGUCCAUCUGGGCUAAAGGGGACCACUGGAGACAUGGGGCCACCUGGUCCUCCAGGACUGCCAGGUAUCCCGGGCCAGAACGGACGACUCGGAAAAAUGGGUCAAGCGGGUACAGAUGGGGGCCGUGGUUCAAUAGGCGAGGCUGGAGCAAAGGGGGAUAGAGGAUUUGAAGGCUUGCCAGGUCUCCCUGGAAACAAAGGACACAAGGGGGACAGGGGUAAGCCGGGCCCUACAGGUCCUGCUGGAGAGCCAGGAGAAAAGGGCUCUGAAGGGCCAGCUGGGCCAAGAGGACAACCAGGUGAUGCUGGUCCCAGAGGUCUGAAUGGCCCCAGAGGUCGUCCUGGUCCCCCAGGUCAGACUGGCAUUCGAGGAAUUGAUGGGGUUCAAGGUUCAAAGGGAAACAUAGGAUCCCCAGGAGAAAUCGGAGCACCCGGACAGCAAGGCAACCCUGGAAUCCUGGGUUUUCCUGGUGCUCAGGGGUUAGUAGGGCUGCCAGGAGAGAAGGGGCCUCAAGGGAAGAAAGGGAUGCAGGGCUUACCUGGAAACGACGGGCCCCAAGGUCACCCUGGAAGAGAAGGUACUCCAGGUGAAAAAGGACUGCCGGGUCCUCUAGGUGUGCAGGGGCCUGUUGGAUACCCUGGACAACGAGGAGUUAAGGGAGCAGAUGGAAUCAGAGGAUUAAAGGGAAGCAAAGGCGAAAAGGGAGAGGAUGGUUUCCCUGGGGCAAAAGGGGAAAUGGGAGCAAAAGGGGACGUUGGAGACAACGGACUUCCAGGUGGACGAGGAGAAGAUGGGCCUGAGGGGCCCAAAGGCCAGUUGGGUCCUCAAGGAGAGGCUGGCCUUCUUGGUAUUUCUGGAGAGAAGGGGAAACUGGGAGUUCCUGGUCUGCCAGGAUAUACUGGGCGCCAGGGACCGAAGGGUUCUGAAGGAUUUCCUGGUGCACUGGGAGCUGCAGGAGAGAAAGGGAAAAAAGGACCUGUCGGACAACCAGGAGGCGCAGGCCAGAGGGGUCCAAAUGGUGCACGAGGUGCCAGAGGGGCAAAAGGGCCUACGGGAAAAUCAGGAGAAAAGGGUGCCUCUGGACAUGAUGGCGUCCCAGGAUCUCCUGGAGAGAGGGGACCUCAAGGGCCGCAGGGAAGGAAUGGAGAGCCAGGACCUAAGGGAGCAAGUGGUCCUUCUGGAAAGGAUGGACUUCCAGGUCACCCAGGUCAAAGAGGAGAGCCGGGAUUCCAAGGGAAGACGGGACCUCCAGGACCCUCAGGUGUUGUGGGGCCACAGGGCAAAUCAGGUGAACCUGGUCCAACAGGGGACCGUGGUCACCCAGGGGCCCCAGGUGUACCUGGAGAGCAUGGUUUGCCUGGGACUGCUGGGAAGGAAGGUGGAAAGGGUGAUCCAGGUUUCCAUGGGACACCUGGGAAGAGUGGUCCCACAGGACUGAAAGGGUUCAGAGGGAGCAGAGGAGCCCCUGGAAUUAUGGGACCUCCUGGUCUGAAAGGAGGAUCAGGACCUACUGGAUCCCAAGGAGCCAUAGGGGCGACGGGUGAGAGGGGCCCUCCAGGACCAGCAGGUGCCAUUGGACAGCCUGGUCGGGCCGGAUCAAUCGGAGGACCUGGACCAAUGGGAGAGAAGGGCGAGCCAGGAGAGAAGGGACCAAUUGGACCAGCAGGUCAGGAUGGAGAUCAGGGACAUGUAGGGAUGCCUGGGGUUACGGGCCCUGCAGGACCUUCAGGAGAUGAUGGGGAUAAGGGAGAGCAAGGAGAACCAGGGCAGAAAGGCAGCAAAGGAGACAAAGGGGAAUCAGGCCCCGCAGGCCCCACUGGUACUCAAGGGGUAAUUGGUCAGCCAGGACUUCCGGGUCUAGAUGGACUACUGGGUCCCCGGGGCCAGCAGGGCAUGUACGGUCCGAAAGGAGAUGAGGGUCUCCGUGGCUUUAAGGGCCUUAAAGGACCAAUAGGAUUACAGGGCAUGCCCGGUCUACCAGGAGAGAAGGGUGAGAGUGGCCAUGUGGGACUAAUGGGUCCACCUGGUCAACAAGGCCCUAAUGGUCCUCAAGGACCUGUUGGGGGACAGGGUCCGACUGGUCGACCCGGGAUGGUAGGACAACCAGGUAUUGUUGGAGAGAAGGGGGAGGAUGGCGAAGCAGGUGACCCUGGUUCAGUUGGUGUUCCAGGAAGGCUAGGAGGAAAAGGAGACCAGGGGGAGAAGGGAGAUACGGGCCCUUCAGGAGCAGCUGGUCCCCCAGGAGCCAGGGGCACCGCAGGAGAGGAUGGAGCCAAGGGCAAUGCUGGUCCUAUAGGUCUCACGGGAGACCUUGGACAACAGGGAGAGGCUGGACCCAAUGGUGUGGAUGGUCUGCCCGGGUCCAAAGGAGACAUAGGAGACCCUGGGAAAUCUGGACCACCAGGUGCGGCAGGAGAACCUGGACCACCUGGACCUCCUGGGCGAAGGGGCCACUUGGGAAAACAAGGGAAGGAAGGAAAGGCAGGCCUGAAAGGAGCGAAGGGUGCUCCCGGUUUGGAGGGUCCCAUAGGCAAGACAGGGCCUGUAGGUGCCCAGGGUCACCCUGGGAAACCUGGGCCUCAAGGUUUAAGAGGGAUCCCUGGCCCUGCAGGUGAGCAGGGUUUAAAUGGACCCCCAGGCCAGACAGGACCCCCAGGUCCCAUGGGUCCACCGGGAUUACCUGGACUGAAAGGAGACCAUGGCAAGAAGGGAGACAAGGGUCAUGGUGGUCUAAUAGGUCUGAUAGGGCCACCAGGAGACAUGGGAGAGAAAGGCGACAGAGGACUGCCAGGAAACCAGGGACUACCUGGUCCAAAAGGAGAUGAGGGUCCGCUUGGUUCACCAGGUCCUCACGGUCCCCUUGGCCCCACGGGUCUGUCUGGUGCUAUUGGUUUAAAGGGCUCAAAAGGAAACCAGGGUCCAAUUGGUCCCAGAGGAGACACUGGGCCUGCAGGACCUCCAGGACCACCAGGAUUGCCAGCAGCUGGGAUUUCCCCUCUGCCAGAGCGAGGACGGAGAAGGAGAACCCACACCUUGGUGGAUGGUGCUACAUUUGAAGUGGAAGAGGAGGAGGGGGAUGCGAUAGAUGGAAGAGAAAUGGAUGCAGGGGGACCAGGCAGAGCAGCACGGUGGGAUGAAGGAGAAGGAGGGCCAAGGCAUGGAGGAAGUGUUUGCAUCUCUGUCCUCUAUGAAAGUGAGUACUGGAUAGAUCCAAACCAGGGUUGCCAUAGAGACUCCUUCAAGGUGUUUUGUAACUUCACUGCACAGGGAGAGACGUGUCUGUACCCUGACAGAAGUUCCAGUGAAGUUAGCAGCCUGGAAAGGGAGAAGCCCGGAACCUGGUACAGUAAAUUCAGGAAAGGAAAACAGGGUCCUAUAGGUCUCACGGGAGACCUUGGACAACAGGAGAGGCUGGACCCAAUGGUGUGGAUGGUCUGCCCGGGUCCAAGGAACAUGGAGACCUGGGAAUCUGGACCCCAGGUGCGGCAGGAGAACCUGGACCACCUGGACCUCCUGGGCGAAGGGGUGCUCCGGUUUGGAGGGUCCCAUAGGCAAGACAGGGCCUGUAGUGCCAGGGUCACCUGGGAAACCUGGGCCUCAAGGUUUAAGAGGGAUCCCUGGCCUGCAGGUGAGCAGGGUUUAAAUGGACCCCAGGCCAGACAGGACCCCAGGUCCAUGGGUCCACCGGGAUUACCUGGACUGAAAGGAGACCAUGGCAAGAAGGGAGACAAGGGUCAUGGUGGUCUAAUAGGUCUGAUAGGGCCACCAGGAGACAUGGGAGAGAAAGGCGACAGAGGACUGCCAGGAAACCAGGGACUACCUGGUCCAAAGGAGAUGAGGGUCCGCUUGGUUCACCAGGUCCUCACGGUCCCUUGGCCCCACGGGUCUGUCUGGUGCUAUUGGUUUAAAGGGCUCAAAAGGAAACCAGGGUCCAAUUGGUCCCAGAGGAGACACUGGGCCUGCAGGACCUCCAGGACCACCAGGAUUGCCAGCAGCUGGGAUUUCCCCUCUGCCAGAGAGGACGGAGAAGGAGAACCCACACCUUGGUGGAUGGUGCUACAUUUGAAGUGGAAGAGGAGAGGGGAUGCGAUAGAUGGAAGAGAGGAAGAAUGGAUGCAGGGGGACCAGGCAGAGCAGCACGGUGGGAUGAAGGAGAAGGAGGGCCAAGGCAUGGAGGAAGUGUUUGCAUCUCUGUCCUCUAUGAAAGUAGAGGUGGAGGGUCUGCGUAACCCACAAGGGACGUACCACAGCCCCGCCCGCACCUGUAAGGAGCUCUGGCUCCUCCACCCAGAUCUCCCCAACGGUGAGUACUGGAUAGAUCCAAACCAGGGUUGCCAUAGAGACUCCUUCAGGUUUUGUAACUUCACUGCACAGGGAGAGACGUGUCUGUACCCUGACAAGAAGUUCCAGUCGGUGAAGUUAGCAGCCUGGAAAGGGGAGAAGCCCGGAACCUGGUACAGUAAAUUCAGGAAAGGAAAACAGUUUUCCUACUCAGGGUCAGACAGCGUUCCGGUCCACGUGGUCCAGUUGACAUUCCUGCAGCUGCUCAGCGCAACAGCCAAGCAAACCUUCACCUACCACUGCCUCAACUCCGCCGCCUGGCUGCACGCCGCCACAAUCAGCCACGAACACGCAUUGCGCUUCAGAGGCAUCAACGGGGAGGAGCUGACACAUGAGAACACACAUUACAUCAGUGCACUGUACGACGGAUGUCAGGCUCGCUCGGGGCAAGAGAGGACAGUGUUGGAAUUUGACGCUCCGCUGUCUAACACGCUCCCCAUCAUUGACGUGUCUGUGCCAGAUUUUGGGAAAGGAAACCAGAAAUUUGGUUUCCAGGUUGGCCCGGUCUGCUACAAUGGUUAAACAAGCCGGAGAGAGAUUACAACAGGAGUAAUUUAAUAAGAAAAAGAGCCAUGGACACUUUUUAAAUGCAGGGAGAAAACUACAUUCAAGACUUACUUGGUCCCACAUAUUUAUAUAUAUAUAUAUAUUGAUUUACCUACAACAGUGUUCCUUCAUCUAAACAUUCAUUCUUUUAUGCAUUCAUUCACUCAGACUCUACAAUUCUUACCAUCUCAUACAUUCUCUCAACUGACUCAAGAGCAGUGCAUAAAUGUAUUGACUGUCCUCAGUUAAACACAUUUUUUCCUUCCUCUUUGGAGGAGUAAAUGGUGCUGUCACAGUUUCAUCCAUGUCUGUUCAUACAUUUAUUGAUGUAUGCACUCAAUUCCCAUCUAUAAAUAAUCAUACACAAGUCCCCAAACAUAAGAAUCAGUGAAUCCUCUUCAAAAAUACAAAAACACCAUGUUUCAGCAACAUUCAUCCACCGUAUUGUUCUGUGUUAUCUUCAAACCUCAAUUUGUUUUUGUUGUUGUUGCCAUUUUGUUGUUAUAAUUAUGUGAUGUAUAUUGGAGUGUAAGUCAUCACGGUGCUAUUAUGUGGCUCCUUGCGGAGUACAUUUUCUUUGUAAAAGGGAACUGGGGCAGUGCAUUUUUUUAUAUUGUGAAGCCAUGUUUUAUAUUUUUUCAAGAUAACAAACAUGAUUGCCUCAAGGUCUUUCUAUGCAUAGUUGUGUGGGGAAGUGACUGAGUAACAUAUUUUAAUAAAAGUACAUAAUGUACAUUUAAGUUAAUGUGA